AUGCCGAGCCGGGAGCUUACUAUAGCGUUAGCUGUGCUCGCCCUGCUUUUGUUACUAGUCCAAAAAGUGUCCACAAGACGCAAGGAAAGCAAAGCACUUCUUCCUCUGCCACCUUCACCUCCUGGUGGAAACAUUAUCGCCGGCCAUCUUCCAACGGUAUUAAAAGCAGCCAAGGAACAUCGCCAGCACCUUCUUUUCCAGAAGUGGGCCGAGGAAUACGGCGACGUGUAUUUCGUCCAGCUCGGUACCAUCCAAGAAUACUUCAUCAACAGCGACCAGGCCGUAAGGGCAAUCUUCGACAAGGCUGCGACACAGACCUCUGAGCGACCGCGCUGGAUUGUCAGUAACGAGCAUAUAUGCAACCGACUCAACGUUCUCCUCCUCAGCGCGAGUGAAAAGGCAUGGAAGAACCAGCGAAAGGCCACAACUAUGGGGCUAACCAACUUGAACCUCGCUGAUGCCGGUCUUCCAUUUCUUCAUUUUGAGACGCUGAAGUUUCUGAACGACAUUGCUCAAAAUCCCAGCAAAGGUGCCAACCCGCAGUCUCUGUUUUCAAGCAUCGGCCGCUACACAUAUAGUACAUUUGCAUCCCAGAUCUUUGGCCUUGAUGUCCCUGAUGACAACAGUCCAGUCAUUGACUACAUAUUCGAGACGGGAAUGGCCCAGAUUCUUGGUAUUCUUCCUGGUUACUAUCUAGUGGAUACUUUCACCAUUCUUGAUAAGCUGCCGCUAUUUCUUAAACCUUGGGAAAGAGAAGGAAGGGCCAGGCACAGGCGCGACUAUGAAUGGUGUCGUGACAAGCUUGAGAGAGUAAAGUCACUAAUUGACGCCGGAGAGGCUCCGCCUCACAUGACUUUCAUCCGAAAAGUUAUCGAUGAUCCAAACCAUCUGGGGCUUGAUAGCGUUGAAGAUGCCGCAUACCUGGGCUUGAUGUUAAUAAUCGGGGCUUCAGAUACAAGCCGGAUAUCAACUUGGUCAUUCCUCGAGGCCAUGUUGACGUUCCCAGAUGUUUGCAGCAAAGCGAGAAAGGUGAUUGUAGAUGAGGCUGUCGGAGAUAGGGUUCCCGUUUUUGAGGAUUUAGAGCGUAUGCCAUAUAUCCGUCAAGUUAUGAAGGAAUCCUGGAGGUGGCGCCCACCUGUGGCUUUAGGACAUCCCCAUACCACCACUCGAGACUUUGUUUAUAAGGGUUACUGCAUAACAAAGGGAGCGAGGAUACAUCUGAACGCUUGGGCAAUCCACCGAGACCCUAAACGCUACCCAGAGCCAGACAAGUUCAUUCCUGAGCGCUUUGAGGGUGAUACGAGAUCGAGCCAGGAAAGCGCUGCAUCCCCUGACGUUUCCAAAAGAGACCACUUUGUCUUCGGAGCUGGACGUCGUAUCUGCCCCGGUUACCAUGUUGCGGAUAGAAGUUUUGCUGUUAGUGUUAUGCGUAUUCUUUGGGCUUUCGACAUUACUUUGAAGCCAGGAACAAAGCUUCCUCUUGAUCCCCAAAGCUUUCCAGGUGAUAUGCCAGGUAAUCCUGGAUUAGAUCUUCCUGUUGUCUUAACUGUCAGGAACCCUGAAAGGCUGGCCACUAUACAAAAAGAAUUUGAGGUAGCUGUACAAGGCCGAGCCAAGAUGCAGCCAUUAGUUGUUUAA